UCCCUUUCUUUCUGGCUGGAAUAAACCGUAGAAGAAGAAGUCAGGCGCGCUGCCGCGGCCUGUGCUAGCUAGCUCGCGAGCUUACACGGAACGGAGCGAGGCUCGAGCUGGUAGCGUCGGCGCCACAAAGAAAAACGUGUUCUGUUCAUCCUAAACGGUCUGGAUUCUCGGUACUCUCCCCUUUGUCUUGAGCUCAUCAUCCAAUCACGACAAGCCUUGGUUUAUCUUUUUUAUUGGUGACUAAAAUAAGGAAUUGAAGGAUUGGACUAGCAUUAGGAUACCAACGACUGCGACAAAAGCAAUAAGUGAACUUGAAGUCAACAGGUGCCCCCCAUUCCCUCUGUGUCAGCAGCAGUGCAGCUUAUUCCUUCACCAUGUCAGAGGGCCGGAUCUAUGUCGGGAAUCUUCCCAUGGACGUCCAGGAGAGGGAUGUUGAGGAUCUUUUCUACAAAUAUGGAAAAAUCCGUGAGAUUGAAUUGAAGAACAACCGAGGCACUAUACCGUUUGCCUUUAUCCGAUUUGAAGACCCACGGGAUGCGGAUGAUGCCGUCUAUGGAAGGAACGGAUAUGAAUAUGGAGACUCUAAACUGCGUGUGGAGUAUCCUCGAUCCUCUAGUAAAUUUAAUCCAAUGGGAGGUGGCGGUGGUGAUAGAGGAGACGGGCCCAGAGGAAGAUUCGGACCCCCGACACGGAGGUCUGAGUUCCGUGUAAUAGUGACCGGCUUACCGCCAAGCGGCAGUUGGCAGGAUCUGAAGGAUCACAUGCGCGAGGCGGGCGACGUCUGUUUUGCCGACGUGCAGCGCGACGGGGAGGGUGUGGUGGAGUUUCUCCGUCGAGAGGACAUGGAGUAUGCUUUGCGCCGACUGGAUCGUACGGAGUUCCGGUCUCACCAAGGCGAGACGGCUUACAUCCGCGUCUACGAGGAUAGAGGCACCCCCAACUGGAGUCGCUCGCGGUCCCGCUCCAGAUCCAGAGGUCGGUUUUCGCCGCCCUACCGAGGAUCGCCGCCACCACGCUACCAGUCCCCUCCUCGCAUGUCACGCCAUAGUCCGCCUAGGAGACACGGACCAUCCCACCACAGCCCACCACCCCGUCACUACCGCUAAACGCUCAGGAGGAUUCAUCGAGGAAACCAAGAACGUUUUGCAAUCUUUUUAUUUUUCUACCACAGCCAUUGUAAGUCGCAUUGUGUCUUGCUGCAUACAUUCCAUGGCGCCCCCCCUCUUUCUUUUUUUUUUGUUUUUUUUUUUUAAAUACCUUUGCGGUCUCAGAAGAAUUUUGACCCAUUUGAUAUGCAUAGUAAAUUAGUUUGCUUAAACAAGUUCUCACAAAGUUAGAAUAUCAGUCCCAUUUUUUUGCAGCUUUAUCUUUAGAGAAUUGUUUUUGUGCAGAAUCUCAACCUAAUCAAUAUCUUCUGAUCCAGAACAAAUUAGUGAAACUUUUCAAAUGUUGACUGCACCUUGUGCUGUUUUUUUUUUUUUUUUUUUUUUUUUAUGAGCAUCUGACUGAAAUAGUUGAAAUUAUCAUCUUGUGUGCAUCUUUUUCUUUACUAACAAAAUCUUUACUACGUACGGCUUUGUCAUUAAUUCAAAACUUUAUUUGAAUUACAGUAGAAGUUUACAGUUAACUGUUUUUUUCCACAGGAAAGACUCAAUUCAGUUAACCACUGUAAAAUGCAGCUACAUUGGUACCUUGACUUAUAAGUUAAAAUGUUCCAUGACUGAGCUCAAAACCCGAUUUACUCAUCUCAAAUUGAAUGAAAUGCGGGAUACUGGAGGCCACCGUUUAGCAGCGGCGCAUCAGAAGCUCACUAGCACAUCAAAUUUUGGCUCAGAACAUCAACAAAAUUAUUAUACCAAUAAUUCAAAUUAGAGUAAAACGGGAUAACCCCAAUAUUUCUCAACAUCGCUGCGCUUUCAUUUCAUCAACUCGGGGAACCCCAUUUCCACUUCCAAUUUCAGUUAAAAAUACCCACCAAUAAGCUUGAACAGGCUGAAAUUUGGAGGUGUAUUCCAAGCCGACAUUUCAAAGUUAAUGUAACAUUUCAAAUUUGCAUCACCUUCCCCCAAAAACAGACUUAAAUAGCACAAAUGGAACAUGAAAAGAACAUUGUGGGCAGUAGAAUAAGUCAUGUACUGAAGUAAUUUUUUUCUCAUUUUUGUUAUGGAGGAUUUUAGAGGUGUUUUAAGUGCUUAUUGAUUUUUCUUCUUUAUCAAAAAUUCCAAAGAUGGGAGCCAAUUGUCAAAUUGCCAAUUUCAGGUUUUAAGACAUUUUUGCCAUCCCUGGUCCAUGAGUCAAGAAAAGAAAAUAUUGAUCUAUAUCCUUUUGAUGCUUGCUGAGCUGGUGUUCCAUGUAAUGUCACAUGGUUUGACUUUAGAAGCACAUUUUCCCAGAAAAGGUUCACUUUCAAAGGCCACUGGAUUAAAGUUUAGUCAAAAAAUGUGCUUGACUUCUAAAAGUAUCUUAUUAAAUAGUCCUUUUUGUUUUAGUUUGACCAUAAAAAAGGCACAUGAAAUGCAAAAUAGAUUUUAAUUCACAAUAAAUAAAUUCUAACAGGUUACAUUUAAGACAGAAAAAAAAUAAAAUUUGUCUCCAAUGGGA